ACUACUCCCUCGUGUCUGGCAGCCACAUCAAUGCAAACGUAAGAUUCAGACGAAUUGCUUUGUGUGUGAAAUAUGUAGCUCGAGGGAGACGAAUGGUUGUUUAUUUUUGUAUUUCACAAUCACCGGCUGAGUUGAGUUGAAAUCCGUAGACAGUCAGUGAGUAAACCAUAGCCGGAAAGGAUAGUAUUGAUCAAGCUAAAACCGACACAAUGAGCCACAACAGAAUCCCACUCAUACCGAAUGAGAAAAUAUUCUUCCAAGAAGAAUCCACACGUCGAAGGCCUCCAAACGAUUCCAACACUUCUCGCCCCCGCAACCACCGUUCCCAUGGCCAAACCGGGGCCUCAUCUUCAUCCGAAUCUCGCCAACACACCCUAACCCCGCAGAAAUUUUCCUGGCUACUCCGGCACUCCGCAGCCGUGGCCGAACACAUGGACCCGGAUGCCUUCGUCGGGUUCGACGUGCUGCAGCAAAUCAGUGGCGCCAGCAAGGACCGUAUGCUGGAGCUGAUCGCCCAAGACCAGAAGGGACGGUACGAGAUCCGCGGGGAGGAAGUCCGCGCCGUCAACGGUCACAGUGUGCACUUUUUCGAUAACUACGAGGUCGUGGAGGGGGAUGGACGGCCGGAGUUUUUGUACCAUGCAACCAACAACCAAGCGCUGCCGUUGAUAAUGGGUGGAGCGCUCAAGAGGAUGGGGCGCCAUUAUAUCCACAUGUACGAUAGGCCACCGUCGAAGACGUCGGUGCGAUACCGGAUCCUGAGGAUAAGACCUCCUCCGGGGCAUACACUGUACAGGACGAAGAACGGGUACAUCUUGAGCCGGGAGGAUAUACCGGCGGAGUAUAUUGAAAUUUUGAGUUGAGCUUCUAUGUUAUUGUUACAUUUGUUGAAUAUAUUUAUGAAUGCUAGAUCGAAACCAA